AUGCGCAUCACCGCUCGUGGGCUCUCGCCCGUUUUCCUGGUCACCAAUGCCAUUGUCUGGGUAUCUGCUGCCAUUAUCAUGGGCAUCCUGUCAUAUUGGAUCUCCCAAGAGGAGCAGCCUGACUCCAUCAUCUAUAUGGAGGUCGUGUCCGUCUUGACGGUUGCCUUCGCUCUUGCCGCGCUCUUCCUAGGAACAUAUCCCUCUUAUCUGCAGCUUUUCAACCUCAUUUUUUCGUAUCUCUGGAUUGUGGUCGUCGCUUUGGCAACUUCGUUGUUCACCAAUGCCGAGAGUGAGCAGGCCCAUGCAGUCCAGGCCUUUAGCUUCGUCGCCUUCUUCGCCCUCCUAUUCAAUGUCCUCUAUAGUUGGUACCCCGACUUCGGACGAGAGCAGUGA